AUAUUGGUGAAAGUGAAAAAUGUAGAAAAUAUCGACAAAAAUAUAACGCUUAUAAUACUCAUAACAUGCUGCCAGAGAUUUAAAAUCGGCGUUUUCUCUCACGCCGGAAAGCUAACCAAAAAUUAGCAUUUUGAUGGAUGUCAUAAAUUGAAGUUGUACUUUAAAACAAAAUCAGAAUGGCGCCUUCCGAUCCUGUGACGCAAAUGAAUACAUACCGGUCCUAUGUGACUAUGCUCGCUGAUCCAAAUGCGAAAGAUGAAUCGAAAUUGAAGGCGGCUCAGGAGAUGUCGGAAAAUUUCGAGGUCAUUAUGUGCUCGGCACAAUAUCCUGCAUUUUUGGAUCAUCUAAUGAAAAACUUCCUGAAAAUCCUACAGGAAGGUGAACCGCACUUUAUAUCCGAAUACAAUAUCCAACAAGUGCGAAAAUUAAUCUUGGAGAUGAUACACAGACUUCCAACGAAUGAUUUUUUAAGGCCUUACGUUAAGCAAAUAUUAAGUCUUAUGCUUAAGCUUUUAGAAACGGAGAAUGAAGAGAAUAUUCUAGUUUGUUUGAGAAUUAUUAUUGAAUUACACAAACAAUACAGGCCCACUUUUAAUCCCGAGAUUCAGCACUUUUUACAAUUCGUUAAGUCAAUAUACAGCGAAUUGCCGAAAAACUUACCAAAGAUUUUUGAGCCCCGACCGCCUAUUAGAGUAAAAGACUUAUCGGAGAUAAAUCUGGAAGCAUUUUUAAAAGAAACUUUCACAAUAACGCCAAUUCAAAGUGAGAAAAAAGCUGCCGAUGGAUCCGUAUUAAGUUAUAAUCUCAUUCCAAAAGCAGUACUCUCUUUGAAAGUUCUUCAAGAACUUCCCAUAAUUGUUGUACUGAUGUACCAAAUCUACAAGCAAAACGUUCAUCAAGAUGUCUCUGAUUUCAUUCCACUCAUCAUGACGACGAUAACUCUACAGCCUAGUCCCCAACAUCGGGCCUCUCCCGGUUUUAACAAAGAAGUCUUCGUGGACUUUAUGGGCGCACAAAUUAAGACCCUCUCGUUUCUCGCCUACAUAAUCCGCAUUUAUCAAGAUGUCGUUGCUCAGCAUAGCACAAUGAUGGUCAAAGGCAUGUUAGGACUCUUAUCCCUUUGUCCGAUGGAAGUGGCCCAUUUAAGGAAAGAGUUACUGAUUGCGGCCAGACAUAUAUUAGCAACGGAUCUGCGAACCAAGUUUGUACCUCAUAUGGAGAGGCUUUUCGACGAGGAAGUACUACUUGGACACGGAUGGACAACUUACGAAUCGCUGAGACCACUCGCGUAUUCCACAUUGGCCGAUUUGGUUCAUCAUGUUAGGCAGUUGCUGCCACUGUCGGAUCUCGCCAGAGCCGUUCAUCUCUUUAGUAAAAACGUUCACGACCAAAGUCUACCCACUUCCAUCCAAACGAUGUCCUGUAAAUUGCUACUAAAUCUCGUUGAGUGCAUCCGUCAGCGGUCAGACGCCGAAAAUAGCAACCAAGGCCGUGAACUCCUCAUGCGAAUGCUCGAGGUUUUUGUAUUAAAGUUUAAAACGAUAACGAAACUGCAGAUGCCGAUACUAUUGAAUAAAGCUAAGCAACAAACGACUCCCACUAGCGAUGUGAAGCCCACGCCUACGGAGGACGUAAAGCCAAACAUAAAUGAGCUGCAGGAUGAGAAGGAGUGUACGAAAACGAAAUUUGGCUUUCCCUCGGCGCAGAAUCAGACUUGUAACGUCGUCGACUACAGAAGCCUCGUUAAGACGCUUGUCUGCGGCGUCAAAACAAUAACCUGGGGCUGUGCCAAUUGCAAGUCCGGUGAAGUUACACAGUCGAAGCAGUUUCAACCCAAAGAGACACUCGUCUUCAUACGGUUGGUUAAAUGGGCCUUACAAGCUUUGGAUAUCUAUACGAUAGGGCCACCGGCUCUCGGCGCACUGGCUCAGCCGGGUAGGCCAGCGCAACCACAGACCGUAAGGAGCAAAGAAGAGAAGGAGGUACUCGAGCAUUUCAGCGGCGUUUUCUCCAUGAUGAAUCCCCAGACAUUUCAAGAAAUAUUCUCCACCACUAUUGAUUACAUGGUCGAGCGAAUCUUUAAAAAUGCCGCUCUCCAGAUCGUCGGCAAUUCGUUCUUGGCCAAUCCUACGACCUCGCCAAUAUUUGCCACCGUACUCGUCGAGUAUCUGCUCGAGCGAAUGGACGAUAUGGGCUCGAACGUCGACAGGAGCAAUCUCUACCUAAGAUUGUUCAAGCUCGUAUUCGGCAGCGUUUCUCUCUUUCCGGCGGAAAACGAGCACAUGCUGCGUCCCCAUCUCCAUCAGAUCGUUAAUAGAUCGAUGGAACUCGCCAUGUCCGCUAAAGAGCCUUACAAUUACUUUCUCCUCUUGAGGGCUUUGUUCAGAUCGAUAGGAGGAGGAUCGCACGAUCUUCUUUAUCAGGAAUUUUUACCAUUGCUCCCAAAUUUACUCGAAGGCCUAAAUCGAUUGCAGUCAGGAUUACAUAAGCAGCAUAUGAAGGAUUUGUUUGUGGAGCUGUGCCUUACCGUACCUGUUAGACUAAGCUCGUUAUUGCCGUACUUGCCAAUGCUCAUGGACCCGUUGGUAUCAGCCUUGAACGGAAGCCACACUCUCGUGAGUCAAGGUUUGCGAACGCUGGAGCUCUGUGUUGAUAAUCUUCAGCCAGACUUUUUAUACGAGCACAUUCAACCCGUGAGAGCUGAUCUUAUGCAAGCGCUAUGGAGGACAUUGCGAAACCCUACCGAUCAGGUUGCACACGUGGCUUUCCGUGUACUCGGCAAAUUCGGUGGAGGAAAUCGCAAAAUGAUGAUCGAGCCACAAAAGUUAGAAUACAACGAUCGUGAAACGAAUCCACCGGCGAUCGUUGCUUACUUCCAAGAGCCGUCCAAGGGCAUCGAUUUUCCCGUAGAAAAAGUUAUCGACACCGCCUUUACUGCCCUCAAGUCCAAUACGACCGAUCCGUUCUACCGUAAACAAUGCUGGGAGGUGAUCAAUUGUUAUCUAUCCGCAUCGCUCAGACUCGACGACGAUAGAGCAACGCUUUACAAGUUCUUCACCCAUCCGUCUUUCAAAGAGGGCAAGAUUCCUCAUCAACAGGGACCGCAUUAUAAAAGUUUGGAUAGCGUAGCACGAAACGUGCAACAAACAGCGCUUACCGGCUUAUUCGUGGCAGCGGCCAUUAAAGAACUACGCCAAUCUGUCUUGGGAACAAUGUUUAGUAUCGUGCGUCAUUAUACAAUGGUAGCGAUCGCCCAGCAAGCCGGCCCAUUCUGCUUAACCAACAAGUCAAACCGACUCCAAGGGCAGGAUCCUCUUGUCCUCGUAGACGCUCUAACCGUAAUAAUGGGCCACGAGGAGAAAGAGCUGUGCAAGCCAGGAAACCUCGCGCUCGUCAUUAUCCUCGAGACAGCGACCAACAUCCUCGGCUCUAAGGAGCGUGCUUGCCAACUGCCCUUCAUGGAAUAUCUCGCCGACAAGAUGUGCUCAUUGUGCUACGAGCGCGCCUGGUACGCCAAACUCGGUGGCUGCAUGGCCAUCAAGUUCCUCUUCGAACGCAUGGCCACCAAGUGGGUGCUCAAUCACCUCUUCGUCUUUUUGCGUGCGCUCAUCUUCGUAAUGAUGGAUUUAACGGGGGAGGUGUCGAACGGCGCCAUUGACAUGGCCAAAACAAAUCUGGAAAAGAUGCUGAGGGUGUGCGUGAAUCCGGGCAGUCACGAGAUAGGGAACGCCGAGCUCCUCGAAGCUCAGAAUAAAGCUCUGUACGAGGUAACCCAUGAAUUGGUGAGGCAGGUCACGUCGCCGCACACUAUCGUAAGGGAGCAGGCUAUGGCUUCACUACGUCUAUUAGGCGAGAUACAAAAUAAGACUGUGACCGAGGUGAUGGAGCCACAUAAAGAAGUACUCGCGGACAUGAUACCCCCGAAAAAACAUUUGCUCCGUCAUCAGCCGGCUAACGCUCAAAUAGGUUUAAUGGAUGGCAAUACCUUUUGCACGACACUGAAUCCACGGUUGUUUACCAUUGAUCUCAAGACGGUCGAGCAUAAGGUAUUUUUCGAAGAGUUGUUGACCCUCAACGAGGCGGAGGACAUAAACCUUAACCGACUCCCCUGUUAUAAAUCGGUACCAAAUCUCAUACCAUUGAGAAAGUCGGCGCUAAGAGCCUUGGCGGCUUGUCAUUACAUAGCCGAUAAGCGGCAAAAUAUCUUUGAGGUGCUUUACGCAGCCCUGGAGAAGCCUAACACCGAGUUACAGGAGGCUGCCUUCGAGUGUAUGCAGAAAUUCAUAGCCGGUUUUCAGAUCGAUAUGGAAUCGGUGCACGCGAUUAUGCGGCCGAUGCUACUUACUCUUGGCGACCAUCGCAAUCUCAGUCUCAAUUGCGUGAAGCGUCUGUCGUAUUUAACUCAAUUGUUCCCAAGCACUUUUAGCAUAACGCUGUGCGAGCAGCUGCUUCAGCAUCUUAAGAAAUUGCUCGAAAAUUUGAUUCAAGCGCACAAAGGAGUGUCGAAGACUGGCGAGAACGAGCAGAAAAUCGCGACGAUCAUAGGAAUAUUUCAUCAGAUACCGGCAGCGACUCCAAAGUUCAUCGACGUACUUUGUCGAUUGGUCAUGCAGACGGAGAAACAACUUUUGGUCGAAGCGUCGAGUCCCUUUAGAGUGCCACUUAUGAAAUUCCUUUUAAGGUAUCCCACGGAGACGUUAAAUCUUUUCCUUAACGACAAUAAUAUCAAGGAUCAGCAGUGGAGCCGAUAUCUCGAAUUUCUCAUUAAGCAUAAGAAUGGAAAGUCUUUUAGGGAUGUGCUACAUAAGAGUACAGCGAGGCUGAUAGCAAUGUUACUUGCUAAUUCGCAAAUCAAUUCGAAUCUUACGCUCAAUGAGAAGAGCGAACUUCAGCAUCAAGCGAUUAGAAUAGUAUCUGUGCUGAUUAAAUUUGACGAACAGUGGCUGUCAAGCCAAACUCAGCUGGUUGCUGCACUAAGGCAGAUAUGGUGUAACGACGAUUAUCACGCGCUUCAUAAGAAGGUCGACAACGUCGACUUCUGCCAUUGGAAAGAACCCAAGCUCAUUGUCAAGAUUUUGUUACAUUACUUUUGCCAUCACCCCAACGACAUUGAUCUAUUAUUUCAGCUGUUGAGAGCCACUUGCGGUAGAUACGUACCGGAUUUUCAAUUCUUAAGAGAUUUCUUAGAGAACACAGUUGCUCAGGAGUACACCGUCGAGUGGAAAAGAAGUGCAUUUUUCAGAUUCGUCGAGCAUUUCCCAACGACGAUGUCACCCGAACUCAAAGCCAAGAUCGUACAAUUAAUUAUUAUUCCCUGCUUCGCCGUGAGCUUCGAGAAAGGCGAAGAUACCAAGCUUGUUGGUAGUACUCCUGUGCCCUAUCAGGACAGUCCCGACAACAUUGUCUCCGUUUUCAUCAACAAAAUAAUUGAUCCGGAGAAUCCGUUAACCGCAACCGACUGCAUCAGGAUCGCCCUCCUACAGUGCUCUUGUCUACUCGUCGAACUCGCACCUCAAUACAUACACGACGGAUCGAACAAGCGCCAGGGUAAUAAACUAAGAAGAUUAAUGACUUUUGCAUGGCCCUGCUUGCUUGGCAAGAAUUGCGUCGAUCCUGUGACGAGAUAUCAUGGUCAUCUGUUGCUUAGUCACGUUAUCGCGAAAUUUGCGAUACAUAAAAAGAUUGUUCUGCAGGUGUUUCACAGUCUAUUGAAAGCUCACGCGGUCGAGGCCCGUAAUGUCGUGCGCCAAGCCCUCGAAAUUAUAACUCCUGCUAUGCCCGUUCGCAUGGAGGAUGGUUUUAAAAUGCUUACACAUUGGACGAAGAAAAUAAUUGUCGAGGAAGGUCACUCGAUGCAGCAACUCUUUCAUAUUCUUCAACUAGUCGUACGGCACUACAAAGUCUACUAUCCGGUACGGCAUCAUCUUGUCCAGCAUAUGGUUAAUUCUAUUCAACGGCUGGGCUUCAGUCCCACAGCCACCAUCGACCAUCGACGCCUAGCAGUUGAGCUUGCCGAAGUCAUUAUUAAAUGGGAGUUACAUCGUAUUAAGGACGAGGCAGAGAAUAUAGAAACGGGCGGCACAGGAACCAUGACCGGGGGUGGCAGCCUCAAAAGAUCUCUCGCUGACGAGCCCGGAGAACAAGCGAAACGCAUGGCCACUCAGAUGGGCAUAAACCAGGGUGCGGUCGCGAGCCAGUCCAGCACAUCGAGUCUCCUCGUGACGCCGAAAAUGGAGCCCGGGGCGACGAAACCCAUCGAGCGUGCACACGCCGACGCGAUAUUGAACUUUUUGCUGAGGCUCGCUUGCCAGGUGAACGACGCUACAACGACGCAGGGAAAUCCCGGUGAGCAGCUCUCCAGGCGUUGCGUGGCCUUGCUGAAAAUGGCUCUAAAGCCGGACGUCUGGCCCCAGUCGUGCGACCUCAAACUCGGUUGGCUCGACAAGGUCUUUGGUAGCGUGGACACGCCGCAGCCAAAUUAUGGAAACAUAUGCACUGCUUUGGAGCUACUGACUUUCCUCUUGGGAGUAAUGAAGAGGGAGCAGGUCCUGGCAAGCUUCAAGCCGCUGCAGAGAGGACUGGGAGCGUGUAUUGCCAAUACGAACACAAAAGUUAUAAGAUUGGUUCAUGGAUUGCUAUCCCGUUUAAUGACGAUCUUCCCGACGGAACCCACCACAUCAACCGUAGCCUCGAAGCACGAGGAAUUGGAGAGCCUCUACGGAACGAUCGGUAAAUUCGUAAUCGAUGGUCUGGCGACAUACGAGAAAAAUCUCACCGCACAGCCGAGCUCCCUUUUUGGCACUUUGAUGAUGCUCAAAGCCGCUUGUACGAAUAAUCAAAGCUACAUCGAUCGAAUAAUCUCACCGUUCAUGCGCGUACUGCAUCGCAUGGCCAAGGAUCACCUGCAUCCAACGCAGACGGAAAAUAAUCAAGUGGGUAGCGAGUUGCUUAUUAUGAGCCUCGACCUUGUGAAGAAUAGGGUAGCGGUCAUGGGUGUCGAUAUGCGUAAAUCCUUCAUAGGCUCGAUUUUGGUGGGUCUCAUUGAGAAGACGCAGGACAUCAAAGUCAUGAAAGCGAUCACUAAGAUGCUGGAAGAGUGGAUGAAAAACAAAAAUCCCGUGGCGGUCAAUCAAGCUCCCAGUCUUCGGGAGAAAUCGAUACUCUUGGUUAAGAUGAUGCAGUACGUGGAGAAGCGCUUCCCGGACGAUUUGGAGCUGAACGGGCAGUUUUUGGAGCUCGUGAAUUACGUGUACAGGGACGAGACGCUCAAGUCGUCGGAGCUGACCUCGAAGCUCGAACCCGCCUUUCUCAGCGGUCUGCGCUGCAUACAACCGCACAUUAGGGCCAAGUUCUUUGAAGUCUUCGACGGAUCUAUGCGACGCAGGCUGCACGACAGGCUGCUUUACAUAAUAUGUAGCCAGAGUUGGGACGCUAUGGGGCCGCACUACUGGAUAAAGCAAUGUAUCGAGCUACUAAUCGUCACCGCAAAUCCAAAUAGCCAAGUGCAAAUGUCGAAUCAAGACACGCUCCUGCCGAGCAUUAAUUCACUUAUAAAUCUCGUGGACAGCGAGGAGCAAAAGAGCUUUCUCGUGUAUUCGAUGAUCAAGGAGGAGCCGCAAGACAUGAUGGACACUGGCGAUGUUAAGGACGAUAUGAUGGACAUAGACCUGUCGAAUAUCGAUCCGGUUAUCGCGCCCGAGGAGCUCACUUCCGGUAAGCAGACGAGCUUCGCCCAGCUCAUCGCGAAUCAAGCGGAUUUCCUCGAGCGAUCGAAAAGAAUUAAAACCGAGCAGAUACUCAACGCGGCGGCCCAGCUCUGUCAUAUGGAUACGAGCCUCGCGGAGAGAGUCUGGCUGGAUACGUUUCCGCGGCUUUGGAACAUCCUUGACGAGCAUCAGCAAAACAUCCUCAUAGCCGAGAUCGUGCCGUUCGUUUGUAGCGGCACUCACGUAAUACAGAAGGACUGUCACCCGAGCGCAAUAGCGACUUUCGUCGAGGCCCUGUCGCAUUGCAAUCCGCCUGUACCCAUGAGGUCCGCGCUCAUGAAAUAUCUGGGCAGGUCGCAUAAUCUGUGGCACAGGAUGACUUUGAGCCUCGAGCAGAUGGCGUUCGAGAACGGUAGCAGUCAGAUUAAAACGAAGCGCGAGUCGGACUGUUACGAUUUCGAGCCGGAUAACAGCCCGUACACGGAAGUCCUCGACUCACUGUCUGACAUGUACUCGCUCUUGUGCGAGGAGGAUAUGUGGUCGGGCCUUUGGCAGAAGCACGCCCAUUAUAAAGAGACCCUGCAGGCAACCGUCCUCGAGCAGCAGGGCUUCUUCGAGCAGGCGCAGGGCGCUUACGACUUGGCGAUGACUAAAUUCAAGCAGGACUACGUUUCGACGCCCGCGCCAUUUAAGACGCAACGCGAGGCCCUGCUAUGGGAGCAGCAUUGGAUACGUUGCGCUAAAGAGUUAAAUCAGUGGGAUCUGCUGCUGGAUUAUGGUAGCAAGAAGGCUGAGAAGAAUCCAUUUUUAAUACUCGAGAGCUCCUGGCGUAUACCCAACUGGACAAUGAUGAAGGAAGCACUGGCCCAAGUCGAGCAAAAUUGUCCUAAAGAGAUGAUGUGGAAGGUCAAUCUUUACCGAGGCUUUUUGGCCAUCUGUCACAGCGAGGAUCAGCAUCUGAGCGCCGUGGAGCGUUACGUCGAACUAGCCUCGGGUCUGUGCAUGCGCGAAUGGCGACGACUGCCUCACAUUGUUAGCCACAUCCAUCUGCCACUACUCCAAGCAGCCCAGCAGAUAAUGGAGCUCCAGGAAGCCAUGCAAAUUCAUCAAGGAUUACUGCACGGGCGCAGCUCGUCCCUCCACGACAUGAAGGCCAUCGUAAAGACGUGGCGCAAUCGUUUACCCGUGAUCGCCGACGAUCUCAGCCACUGGUCGGACAUUUUCACUUGGCGCCAACAUCAUUACACAUUUAUCUCGAGCCACUACGAGUGCCAACAAGAACAAACGACGAAUCACUCGAUGUUGGGUGUGCACGCCUCUGCGCAGGCCAUCAUACAUUUUGGCAAAAUAGCGCGUAAGCAUAAUCUAUGCGGCGUUUGCCUCGACUCGUUGUCACGCAUUUACACGAUACCGAGUGUGCCGAUUGUCGAUUGCUUUCAAAAGAUCAGGCAGCAGGUCAAGUGCUAUUUACAGAUGGCCUCGGUAUCCGGUAAAAACGAGCUCCAAGAGGGCCUCGAGGUCAUCGAGUCGACCAACCUCAAGUACUUUACCAAGGAAAUGACGGCCGAGUUUUAUGCCCUGAAGGGCAUGCUACUCUCGCAAAUCGGUCGUUCCGACGACGCGAACAAGGCCUUCUCCGCGGCCGUCCAGUUACACGAUACCCUCGUCAAGGCCUGGGCUCUCUGGGGCGACUACCUCGAAAGCAUAUUCACGCGUGACGCCCGACAGAUUUCCAUCGGCGUCUCGGCCAUCACCUGCUUCCUGCACUCGUGCAGGCAUCAGAACGAGAGCAAGUCGAGAAAGUAUUUGGCCAAGGUCCUCUGGCUGCUCACCUACGACGACGAGAAGUCCUCCCUCAUGGACGUUGUGGAUAAGUACGCGGUCGGGGUCCCGCCAAUACAGUGGCUGCCUUGGAUACCCCAGCUGCUUAUGUGCCUCGUGCGUUACGAGGGCAAUGUCAUCUUGAACUUGCUUAGUCAAGUUGGCAGAAUGUUUCCCCAGGCGGUUUAUUUCUCCAUCAGAACGCUCUAUCUCACGCUAAAGAUCGAGCAACGAGAGAGAUUCAAGAGCACGGAAUUGGCGAAAGGACACGAUAGCGGAGAUCGCGGAGCAACUGGUGCUCAACAACAGGCUGCCCAACAACAAGAAGUCAAAGCGAAAGCGACAAUACCUAUGUGGAUGUGCUCCAAGAUCAUGCACAUUCAGAGAGAGAUACAUCCAACGAUCCUUUCGAGUCUCGAGGGAAUCGUUGAUCAGAUGGUUUGGUUCCGUGAGACCUGGUACGAAGAAGUACUUAGACAGUUAAGGCAAGGCCUUGCCAAAUGCUAUGCAAUAGCAUUUGAGAAUCGUGGAGCAGUGAGCGAAGCCACGAUAACACCUCAUACCUUGAACUUUGUGAAGAAACUCGUCUCGACGUUCGAAAACAUAUCGUCAUCCCAGAAUAUAACGAAUACUUUCGGUUCGGCGGGCAACGAGUCGUUAGCGCGGAGAGCUCAAGCGACGGUUCAAGAUCCUGAUUUUCAAAAAAUGAAAAGCCAAUUCAUCAAUGACUUUGACUUUAGUACGCCAGGUGCACGGCUUUUACACAAUCUAAUCAGCAAAUUUAAGAAAUGGAUAAAGAUACUCGAGGGUAAAACAAAACAACUGCCAAAAUCGUUCCUGAUCGAGGAAAAAUGUCGUUUCCUGAGCAAUUUUAGCCUAAAAACUGCCGAAGUAGAGUUACCCGGCGAAUUUCUUUUGCCAAAACAUUCGCAUUAUUACGUAAAAAUUGCGCGUUUCAUGCCGCGAGUUGAGGUAGUUCAGCGUCACAACACCGCCGCUCGCCGCCUACGAAUCCGCGGCCACAAUGGCCGCUUGUAUCCUUACCUGGUGGUGAACGAUGCCGGCUUGGGGGACGCGAGACGCGAAGAACGAGUUCUGCAACUGCUCCGUUUCCUCAAUCACUAUCUGGCGAAGCAGAAGGAAACGUCGCGACGCUUCCUUCACUUCACGGUGCCGCGGGUCGUGGCAGUCUCGCCUCAGAUGCGCCUUGUCGAGGACAAUCCGGCAUCCGUCUCUCUUCUCGACAUUUACAAGCAGGGCUGCGCCAAGCUCGGCAUCGAGCACGACGCGCCGAUCGCGAGGUACUACGACAGGUUGGCCACUGUCCAAGCCCGAGGAUCACAAGCUAGCCAUCAAGUACUAAGGGACAUUCUCAAAGAGGUGCAGACGAACAUGGUCUCGAGGACGAUGCUGCGGGACUGGGCCGUAAAGACAUUCCCCGCGGCUACUGACUAUUGGACUUUUAGGAAAAUGUUCACUUUACAAUUAUCCUUGGCUUGUUUUGCCGAAUAUGUACUACAUUUGACAAGAUUAAAUCCAGAUAUGAUGUACGUUCAUCAAGAUUCCGGCUUAAUUAAUAUAGCUUACUUUAAGUUUGACGUUGACGAUACAUCCGGAGAAUUAGACGCCAAUCGACCGGUGCCUUUCCGAUUAACUCCAAAUAUUUUGGAAUUCCUCACCACCACAGGGGUUUCCGGGCCACUAACGGCGAGCGCAAUCGCCACGGCGCGAUGCUUAGUCCAACCAUCGUUCAAGGUACACACCAUACUGCGAGCAAUAUUGCGGGACGAAGUGAUCGCCGAUCACAGCAAAAAGCAAGAGGACUCGAAGAAUGCUGCCGAGGGUCCGACGGAUAUGAAAGCGGAAUUAUUGAUAACAAUGGUAACGCGGGCCGUAACAGCUAUAGUGUCAAGACUGAACUCCCUGGCGCAUUUCGACGGGACUGACAGCAAAGUCAGCACCCUGGUCGCGGCGGCCAAUAGCCACGACAAUCUUUGUCGUAUGGAUCCGUCGUGGCACCCGUGGCUGUAAACUUAAUUAUUAUUUUUAUAAUAUGUUCUCUUUGUUAAUUAAGAAAAUGUGAGAUAUUUUACUUAUUUACCUAUAUUUAAGUUGUACAUAUGAUGAACGUUAUUGUGAAAAAGAUAUUUAUCGAUGUAAAUUGAGCGCAACGAGCAUUAAAUUUUAUUUAGAACGAUAUGAAAUUAAAUAUGACGAGCAACACUGUACAUAUAUAUAUGCGUAUGUGCUUAAACAAGUACAAAGAUUUAAAAAUACGUUUCAUUAUUUAUGAACGUUGCGAAUUACAAUUACGUUAAAGUACAGUAUUAGGACGGCGAUGAUAGUUUAUGAAACAUUUGUAUGCAUGAAAGGAAAUUCAAUAAA